AUGCGAAGCGCCCUCUUUAUUCUCGGUGGCAUUACUGCCAUAGCCACAACAUCUGCUCCUCCAGUAGCUUCCUCAACAACUUCCUUAAUCGCUUCGCCUGUCGCCACAUCGAUACCUGUUCCAGUUGCGCCUCCAGUUUUCGCAGCUGUUGCAACUCCAGAGGACAUAAACACGGUCAUUCGGGAGGUCAGCAGUUUAGCCUCCGACAUAUUUUUCACUGCCAGUAAUAUUGGAGGCCGUGGUGUAGAAGUUCAAAUCAUCGGGAAUACAUACCUCCGAUGUCGAGAUAUGAUUGAAGGAGUCCAGCAGGCGUUCGACAAAAUCGGCGGUCGGCCCGAGGCCCCUUUCUCGUACGAAGAUCAAAAGGGUAUUUGUUCCAUGUUCGACUUGUUCGGCAUGGACCAAUCAAAGCUCAUUACCAUGUUAGUGAGAGAUCUAGAGAGUAUAGCGAGGGACGGCUUUAUCGACCACUUUGGAGAUUGCUUCAAUAGACUUCAACCUGCACUGGCCAUGUUUAUCGAAGAACUUACAUCUUAUGCGCCUGAUUGUGAGUUCGAAAUGCUGAGGAGAAAGGACCAGCUUGAGGUUGGGCUGAGUAGUGCAUUGGGAAGGGUGCUAGACUAUCGGGAGGGACAUGCCCCAGACCGCAUUCCUUUGUCAUUAGACUGA